AUGAGUGAUUCUGACUACUUAUUGUUCAUCUAUUUCUCAAAAAGUGAAGUACUUCUACUACUUGUUUAUGUGGAUGAUAUCAUCCUUAUUGGCAGCUCUGAAUCUCUGCUCUCAAGGUUUGUAUCCACUCCCAGCACCUCCUUUGCUAUGAAGGAUCUAGAUGAGAUACAUUACUUUUUGGGGAUGGAGGUUACUAAGUCUAUUAGCGGCAACAAUCUACUUUUAACUCAUAGGAAAUACAACUUUGAGAUUCUAGAGAAGACAACUAUGUUGGACUGCAAGCCGUCAGCAACUCCAAUUUUCAGUGGUACUAGAGUCUCUCUCCAUGCUGGUGAACCACUACAAAACCCUUCUGAAUAUAAGGCCAUAGUUGGAGCGUCGAAAUAUCUGACACUUACAAGACCAGACAUUACCUUUGCUGUCAACUAUACCUCACAGUUUCUCCAUGCUUCUACUUCAGAACAUAUGUUGUUGGUUAAAAGAAUUCUGAGAUACCUGAAGUCCUCUCUAGGUUCAUGUAUCACCAUUAGCCCAGGUGAUAUCACUACUAUAUCUGGUUACUCUGAUUCAGAUUGGGCUGGAUGCACGCUGACUCUAGAAGAUCAACUUAUAGAUAUUAUGUCUUUGUUGGUUCAACACUGGUGUCUUGGCAGUCUAAGAAGCAACCUACUGUCUCCAAGUCUUCCACAGAAGUUGAAUACAAAACAUUAUCCUGUCUGGCCUAUGAAGUUAUGUGUAUUGCUACACUACUUGAAGAACUGA